GUAGAUUGGAUACAUGGCUCACACAAAUGAAUCAGUGGUGUUGGAGUUUGUGCUUCUGGGACUCACUAACUCUUGGGAACUUCAGCUUUUCCUUUUUGCCAUCUUCUCCAUCGUGUAUGUGACGUCGGUGCUGGGCAACACCAUGAUUAUUGUCAUCAUUGCCUCUGACUCCCGUUUGAACUCUCCUAUGUACUUCCUGCUCGGUAAUCUUUCUUUCAUUGAUAUCUGCCAGUCUAACUUUGCCACCCCUAAGAUGCUUGUGGACUUUCUUGUCGAGCACAAAACUAUCUCCUUUGAGGGCUGCAUGGCCCAGAUAUUCCUUCUUCAUAGUUUUGUUGGGAGUGAGAUGAUGUUACUUGUAGCUAUGGCAUAUGACAGAUUUAUUGCCAUCUGUAAGCCCCUACACUAUAGCACCAUUAUGAGUCACAGACUAUGCAUUAUUUUUGUGUUUAUCUCCUGGGCUGUGGGUAUUCUUCAUUCGGUGAGCCACUUGGCUUUUACAGUGGAUCUGCCCUUCUGUGGCCCCAAUGAGGUAGACAGCUUCUUUUGUGACCUCCCUCUGGUGAUAGAGUUGGCUUGCAUGGAUACUUACAAAAUAGAAAUUUUGACCCUAACUAACAGUGGCCUCAUAUCCCUGGGCUGUUUCUUGGCUUUAAUUAUUUCCUAUACUGUCAUUUUGAUCACUGUCCACCGCUGGUCCUCCAGUGGGUCAUCCAAGGCACUUUCUACAUUGACUGCCCACAUCACAGUGGUGAUUCUUUUCUUUGGGCCUUGCAUUUAUUUCUACAUAUGGCCUUUUAGCAGACAUUCUGUGGAUAAGUUUCUUUCUGUGUUCUACACUGUUUGUACACCCCUGUUAAACCCCAUCAUCUACUCUCUGAGGAAUGAAGAUGUUCAAUCAGCUAUGCACAAGUGGAGAAACCGUCAUGUGAACUCCUGGAAAUACUAAGGAUCACCAUGAAGGAACAUAACCUUAAAUGGAAAUGAAGAGCCCCAACUGGAACGCAGCACUGUGUCAAUUAUUUUUUGUAA